ACGUUCUAAAUAGUAAUAAUAAUAUAGCUUUAAGUACAUUGAAAGUACUUUGCGUUAAUAUCAUUGGAUUCACAUGGAGAAAAAUCUGGAAGAAAUGAUUGAAGCUAAAAGAUCAGAUGAAGAAGAAGAUGCAAAUAACUUGAAGAAGAAGAAGAAGAUGAAAAGGAUCAGAAGAAGAAGAUCACUGAUUGUGAAGAGAUUAAGUUGUUUCAGAUCACAGGAUUUUGGUCAUCCGACGAUCGAUGAAGUUGACGGUGAUGGUAACGUGGAUAUGACGUCAGCUUCCACCGGCAACAAGCACUCUCCGACGCACCUCGUUGUUAUGGUCAACGGCUUGAUCGGCAGUGCUCAUAACUGGAGAUAUGCUGCAAAACAGUUUUUGAAGAAGUAUCCUGAGGAUCUCAUUGUUCACUGCAGUGAACGCAACUCUUCACUAUUAACAUUUAACGGCGUCGAUGUGAUGGGAAACAGAUUAGCAAAUGAGGUACUAUUGGUAAUAAAACGCCAUCCUAAUCUACAAAAGAUAUCUUUUAUCGGUCACUCACUUGGUGGCUUAAUAGCACGAUAUGCUAUCGCUAAGCUUUACACACGAGAUUCUACGGAUAUUCACUGCUUAGAGUGUGGCUCUAGUGCAAGAAUUGCUGGUUUAGUGCCUAUAAACUUUGUUACCAUUGCCACUCCACAUCUUGGUACAGGUGGACAUAAACAGGUGCCGAUGUUUGGCGGAUCUAAUACUGUUGAGAAAGUAGCUAACCAAAUAUCAUGGGUUCUUGGAAGAACAGGAAGACACUUAUUUUUAACUGAUAAACCUCACGGUCAACCCCCGUUACUUCUUCAGAUGGUCAACGAUUGUGAAGACUUAAAGUUUUUUUCUGCACUGCAGUCUUUCAGGCGCCAUGUUGUCUAUGCGAAUGCUCAUUUUGACCAUAUUGUGGGUUGGAGCACAUCAUCGAUUCGCCGAAGAAAUGAACUGCCUCAGCGGAAACAUCUUGUAAGAAGUGGUAAAUACCCCCAUAUAUUGAAGGGAGAACAGGACACAACAAACACCGCAAAACAAGAAAACUCCAUCAAAUUGCCGAUUAGCAACUUCAAGGCGGCCCGUGCUUCCAUGGAAGAAGCAAUGAUCAGAGGGUUGACUAAAAUAAGUUGGGAAAGAAUUGAUGUUAGCUUUAAAGGAAGCAAACAAAGAUACUUUGCCCAUAACACAAUCCAGGUAAACAGUCCUUGGAUAAAUUCUGAUGGUGCUGAUGUAAUACAACAUCUUGUUGACAAUUUUCAUCUACAUCAUCUUUAACAGAAGUUUAGUAUUCAUUUAUGGGGCUUUUACAAAUUGAAGCUCCCAAUUUUGUAACCUUCAUUAUUGUUGUAUCAGUAGUUAUUAUAGUUGAAAAUGUAACGUCGUUGACCACGUAACGAUGUCCAUAUUUCAUUGACCUGUAUGUAUACCAACUAUGUAACUUGUUUGUUUGUGGA